AUGCAACGGUGGGCACUUGUGGGGCUCAUGGCCAUGCUGCUUGCAUGCAUGAGCCAGGUCGUGUACAGCGCCAAGCCCUCGUCCACGACGUCGAGUUCCUCGCAGACCGUGUCGUCGAGCAGUGGACUAGUAUCGUCGAGCAAUCCCUUUCAACUACCUACGCAAAGUACCGCGUCGUUUGUGCGUGCUAGCACCGGCAUUGGGCCACAGUCGAGUAUUGUGCCUGUCGUCGCGUCUGAUUCGGCGCCGUAUGUGCUGCAAGAUGGUGUGACUGCACGAAGUGAGCUGAACAUCAACGCCACCGAUGGACUGUUUUUCUCGUUCAAUGCGACGCGGGACGUACCGAUUUGGGUAUCUCUGUCCCUCUGUAACGGACCUGGGAUUCCCGCCUACAAUACCAGUAACAAGACGCUGCUCAAUGAGCUGGGCCUCACACCGUUUCAAGCGCGUGUCUCCACGCUAGUCUCGGUGUACGUUUCCACGGACGCAGGCACACAACGCCCAGGCCCGAAUCACAGUGUGCUAGAUGGCCAGAUUGGGUAUGCUCAGGGUGGGUGGACGCAGAUUGUGUUGGAAGAUGGCAGCGAUAAUGGCGCAUGGAUCGGUGUAUGGCCCCCGGCCGAUGCGCGAGGCAUGACGGGAUCGUACCAAGUCCAAAUCUCGGCCUCUACGCGUGGCUCAUUGGAGAGUGUCGCGACGCAGUCUGGGCUGUUUUUCGAUGAUACAGAUGCGGAGAGUGCGCUCCUUACCUCGUUCAACUUCACAAGUCCUGCGCCCAACAUCAGCCUGAUUGUGUUGCCGACAGAAGGAGCGUUUUCUUUAACGUCCAUCACGUACUUCAACUCCUCCUUCUGCCGUAUCUUUGAUUUGUGGCAGGACAUGGCCUGGCGCGACCUUCAGCCGAUGGUCAACAGUAGCGAGACGAGCCGGGGGACCGUGAAUGUGAUUACACGUGGUGGCUCGAAACCGUCGUCGAACUUGCCGACAUCCAACAUCAACGACACGGCCGGUAUUCAGCCUCUCGUUCCACAGGACAACGACGACGACGACGACGACGAUGGGGAUGAAAAGCGCAGUGUCGGCCCACUUUUCGAACUCGCAAAGAGGCAGUCGCACGCCGUGACCAAUGCCACCAACACUGCGCAAGUCCGCAAACAGUUUUAUGUGGAUGGACUCUCGCCAGGGACAAACUAUACGGCAUACCUUGUGUCGUCACAAAACGUUUCCGGCCUCAUCCACCGAACCCUAUACCCUGCCGUGAAGUUUGUGACCAAGUCGACUCGCAACUGCAAGCUGAUGUACAACUUGAAUUUCUGCCCGGAACUGGCGUACGCAGUGCCAUACAAUCCUUCGAUGUCGAUGUCCGAUACGCUUAGUGUCUUGGAAAACAUCGUCUCAUCGAACUACGGCAACUUUUCUGCAACGCUCAAUACAUUCCCCUGUGGCUCCGAUGAGUUUGGGCUCUACUCAACGGUGGCCACCUGUGAUGCCUGCCGCCAAGCAUACCAGACCUGGCUAUGUGCCGUAGCCAUUCCACGAUGCACAGAUCUGAUGGAUCCCAGCAAGAGUGCAGCAAGUCAGAACGGCACAGAGCUUGAGGGGUUGCCGAUGCCGGCCAAUACCAAACUAUACCCCUACGUCGUGAAUCGGAUCGGCCCAGGCUCAAGUCGGCAGCCGUACAUUGACAAGCUCUUCAACCCUGGAAACUACGGCGAACUUCUACCAUGUAUUCAUACGUGCGAAAUGGUUACGAGAUCGUGCCCGCCGGUGAUCCAGUGGUCGUGUCCGCGAUGGACAGUCACGGCACAGCGUGAUUAUGGCACGUUUGCGGAUGCGGAUGCAGAAGGCAUGGGCGUCGGUGAGAAUGGCGGGGCUGGCCCAGGUGGGCUGCGAUACGGCGGUGCUCCAUCCCGCUACGUCGCUCAGGACGCGUUUGGCCAUGUCUAUUGUAAUGCCAUGAAUGUGGAUCGAUUGCUACGUCAGGCCAGUGCAGCGCGGCGCCAGGCGCAGCCGCUGGCAUGGAUAGCCCUCGUGGGCUGGACAGGCAUCGCGUCUGCUGUGGCCCUAUGCCUGAGUGGUAUGUAUACAAUAUAA